AUGUCCGCACCCCUCAUCCUGCUCCCGGGCGAUGAGGUACCGAGAGAUCAUCUCCCAUCCAACAACUCGAAUCCCCUCAAAUUAGGCCCAGGCCUUCGCCUUCUCUCGCGGCCGUCAUCCAAGUCUAAAUCCGCGAAUCAUGUCUUGACGGCGACUCAAGCUGGCCUCGUGACAACCGACGCUAAGCGGAACACCGUCUCACUCCUCUCAUUUUCCAAUCGCCGAUACAUCCCCACUGUCAACGACCUAGUCAUUGCUCAAAUCCACCACUCCAGCAUUGACUACUUCCACUGCAUGGUGACACCACACACAGCGCACGCGCUUCUGGGACAAUUGUCCUUUGAGGGUGCUACAAAGAAGACGAGGCCGAUGCUCAAGCAGGGUGAACUUGUCUAUGCGCGCGUUCUAUCCAUUGGUGUCGGCGCAGGCGCUGAGGUCGAGCUUACCUGUGUCAACCCUGCCACUGGAAAGUCGGAGCCUGGUGGUCUGGGGCCUCUUGUCGGAGGCAUGGUGUUUGACGUGUCCACCGGUAUGGCAGCUCGACUACUUCGAGCUAGCUCAUCCUCGUCCGAGCAGAAUGAUACCAUCGACGGACUUACUGUUGUUUCUGAGCUUGGAAAGAAGCUUGAGAGUCUGGGUGGAUUCGAGCUUGCAGUUGGUCGUAACGGCAAGGUCUGGGUUGAUUGCUCCAAUGCCGGUGACAGUGCGGUCAAAGCCACAAUCGCAAUUGGCCGCUGCCUGCAGACCACCGAUGAGAAGAGCUUGAAUCCUGCGGAUCAGAAGAAGCUUGUCACGAGAAUCCUGCGUGAGAUGAACCUGGCGUCAUAA